UCACAAUUCCACAUCUCAUACUAUAUUUGUGUUUCUUUACAUGUUUAUUUUUGUUUGGUUUUUGGCCCACUGCACCAUAUAUGGAGGACACGGACGUUAACAAGCGUUUCUACCACGAACAUCCUUUGAUUCUCACAUAUACUGCAAGUGAUCAGGAAAGUGGUCUAAAUUGCUAUGGGUGUGGUAAUUUUGUAUCCGAAUUGGAGCCGGCAUAUGUUUGCACGGUGCAAAAUUGUCCUCCACAAGAAAUGUGGAGAAUUACCUAGCCAAAUUUUGCACCCUAAACACCCUCAACAUCCUCUUGAUUUAUUUGAUUAUCACGAGAUUGUUGGCCGUUGUUGGUGUGAUAUUUGUUCGCGCGAUAUUGAAACAGUGCUUGGGUACCGAUGUACUCUUUGUAAUUUCGAUGCCGAUGUAACAUGCCCAAUAAUAAGCAUUAAUUCCAUAAUAGAAGGAUAUUUAGAAUUAGAUCACCCGAGUCACCCUCAACACCCUUUAACACUUCUGACAAAGUCCCCAUCAUUUCAAUUUUAUUGUGACGGUUGUGGUACUCAAGAAACUGACAUGGCCUACACAUGCCGCAUAUGUGACAUUUGGGUUCACAAGAGCUGCGCGUUGUUGCCUUACGUUAUCGAGAAAAGUUUCCACCACCACAAACUUACCCUGGAAUUCACCUAUCCAGCGGCACAUAGAAGCUAUAUAUAUGAAUGUGAUGUUUGUCAUAAAAGACUGGCCAAAACAUGUUGGCUGUAUUGUUGUGGUGAUUGCAGAUUCUUUGCUCAUGUUAGAUGCGUCGCAUUCCCAACGACUGAGAGCACAAACUUAAAUCUUGAUGAUGAUGAUGUGACUACGUUCCCGCUGCAUGCUCGUGACAUAGCUGAGAAGUUAAUCACACCUUUUGUGGAGCGGGUAGGCCCGACACCGCCAGAUGAUUCUGGCAAAUUCAAGAAGUGGAUCGAUUGGUUUAGCACCACAGUAGGUUUAAAAGACAAGUCAACAUUGUAUAUGCCUCAAAGUUUUUCAUUUUUAUUCAAUCACCACGAGCACCAUUUGAAGCUGGUUUCAGAGUCGUUCAAUAAAAUGAUGGAUGAGGAGGAAGACGAGGAUGAGUUGAAGAUAUGCGAUGUGUGUGUAACACCCAUAUCUUCUCCCCCAUACUAGGAGUGUGAGGAAGCUUGCUGUUACCCAAAACUUUCUCACCAUCUUCUUCUUUAUCCAGCUUAUAUGGUGAAUGCAUAGAUGCUUCAGAAAGUCAUAGAUUCAAACUCCAUACACCCACCUCAAAAUUAUAUAUGGAUCAUACAAAUGCAUGUAAGUGUGAUAUUUGUGGUUUAUUCACAAAUGGAAGGGUGUAUGAGUGUGAAGAGUGCAAAUUGAUGGUAGAUGUGAAAUGUGCAUCUCUACCACAAACUAUAAGGCAUACAUCUCACCCACAUCACACAUGUAUAUUAGGAUUCUCAUUUACCAAGUGCCAAUGCUGUGGAUAUUACUUGUGGAAUGCAUAUCACUGCAGCCAAGGUUGUGGAUUUGCGCUGCACUUCGGUUGUGCUCUGCUGCCGAAGAGCAUUUCAGUGCGUGCGUGGGACAGGUACCAUUCAUUGAUGUUGUCAUCUGAUGCCGGUCGUGGCCAUCCCUCCAACUUUAUUUGCGAUAACUGUGAAGAAGAAUUGAAUAUGAGGACAUGGAUAUAUUACUGUAGCCAAUGCGACGUUUCUUUCCACACUCAUUGCCUCAAGGCUGCGUCUGGUGCGUUCAGAAACAUUAAGUUUGGGGGCCAGUUCGAGUUGAAUGGGAUUCACCCUGAUCACCCUCUCACAUUCAAUUUUGUCACUAUCAAGAAAAAAUGUGACCUUUGUAAUAGGAUUGUAUAACUACUGUGGAUUUGAAUGUGGAUCGUGUUACUUUGUUGUGUGCCUAAGUUGUGGUAGGAAAGAGUUGGCUAGCAAGAUUGGUUUGAUUGAGUAGAAUGAGAGUUCAUAUAUGGUUUGUCUUCUUUGUUCCAAACAUGUAGUAUUAUGUAAUAUGCUCAGUGUUUCUUA